UGUGCUGUUUCUACCAUGAGAGAAUGUUGUGAGACGGCUUUCUUCAUGAAGUCUAGUGGACGAGUCAGGACCAAGACGGUGAAGAAGGCUGCCCGGGUCAUCAUCGAGAAAUACUACACCCGUCUAGGGAGUGACUUCCACACCAACAAGCGGGUGUGUGAGGAGAUCGCCAUCAUCCCCAGCAAGAAGCUACGCAACAAGAUCGCCGGGUAUGUGACGCAUCUGAUGAAGAGGAUCCAGAGGGGUCCAGUCAGGGGAAUCUCCAUCAAGCUGCAGGAGGAGGAGCGAGAGAGGAGGGACAACUAUGUGCCAGAGGUGUCGGCUCUGGACCAGGAGCUCAUAGAAGUUGAUCCUGACACAAAGGAGAUGCUGAAGCUGCUGGACUUCGGCGGUCUGUCCAACCUGCAGGUGACCCAGCCCACCGUCGGCAUGAACUUCAAGCAGCCGCGAGGAGUCUAGACUGUAAAGUACCUUACUAAUAAAAACCCGUUGGGACAAAAAGUCA